GCAACGGGAGAGGCCACAACAGUGAGAGGCCCGCGUACCGCAAAAAUAGGUUAUAUGUACUAUGAUGGAAAGACUGGAGAGGAAGGAGCUCCAACAUUUAAAGCUAGUAUGGAUACGAAGCAUAAGAUGAAUAAUCUUUCAUUUAGUGAGCUAUGUUGCCUCUUCUGCUGUCCACCUUGUCCAGGGAAAAUUGCUUCAAAAUUAGCAUUUUUGCCACCUGAUCCAACUUACACGCUGAUGUGUGAUGAAAGUGGAAGCCGCUGGACGUUACACCUAUCAGAACGAGCAGACUGGCAAUAUUCUUCUAGAGAAAAAGAUGCUAUUGAGUGUUUCAUGACUAGAACCAGUAAAGGCAACAGAAUUGCCUGCAUGUUUGUGCGUUGCUCACCCAAUGCCAAAUACACUUUACUCUUUUCCCACGGAAAUGCUGUUGAUCUUGGUCAGAUGAGCAGUUUUUACAUAGGACUGGGAUCACGGAUUAAUUGUAAUAUAUUCUCAUAUGAUUAUUCUGGAUAUGGUGCAAGUUCUGGGAAACCAACAGAGAAGAACCUCUAUGCAGACAUAGAAGCUGCUUGGCUUGCUCUUAGGACAAGAUAUGGCAUUCGCCCUGAAAAUGUGAUUAUAUAUGGCCAAAGUAUAGGGACAGUACCAUCAGUGGAUCUUGCUGCCCGGUAUGAGAGUGCUGCUGUUAUUCUUCAUUCUCCUUUGACCUCAGGAAUGAGAGUCGCUUUUCCUGAUACCAAGAAGACCUACUGUUUUGAUGCAUUCCCAAAACUAAGGAACUAAAGAGCUGGCCUGAAGUGUGGGGAAUUAAGACUUGUUGACUGUGAGUUUCACUAUCCAGUGACCUGGCCAAGCCAAUUAGUUGGGGCUCCCACCCCGAUGUCAGUAUUUAUCUUUCCUCUUAAGGCAGAUAUAUAGUCUCCAAAGAAGACUCUUCCUACAACUAUCUCUUAAAAGGUGGAGGCUUGGCUGCCAGCAUUCUGGGAGCCCAGUAGGGAAAAUGGGUUCAUAGCAGCCAACAUGUAUAUGUUUACUUGCUAUUUGGUACCUCUGCCUUGAACUGUGUCCAGCAAUCCCCUAAUCCACAAACCCUCCAGUUUUAGGUAGAGGGCAGUUACCCAGCUGCAAAAGGAAGGGGAAAGAAAAGAACUGGGGUGGCGGGGAGUGUGCAGGACACUAUUUCUUAAACAGACUUUGAACAAAUUCUGUAGAUUUGAAUCACCCGCCUUUAUCUGAAUGUCAGUUCCUAGCCUUCAUAAAUUGGAUUCGUUCUUCACUUUACCCUUCUAUCCUCUUAAAAAUUGUGUUUUCUCCUAUACUUUUAAUCUGUUAUCUCACAUAUUCAUCUGCUUUCCAGCUCCAAAAUGUUAUGUUUUAUUAUAUUCUUCCUAUUUUUGUAGUAAAUACCCAAAACAAAAAAAAAUAUUUUGCUAUCAUUUUAGUAGGUUAUUGGGAGGGAGAAAAAAAUGCAGAGAGGUAUGAAGUUAGCACAUAGCUGAAAUGGUCCUUGGUUUCAUCCUCUCCUUGCAACCUAAGUUUCUGUGCUAAAAUAACAUUGUAGAAAGGCGAAGUAGGAUGACUAUAGUUAUUGAGUGAUUCCCUCAAAACAGAAGUGCAUGAAGUUAACGUCCUCAGAUAAUCUUAAGGUAGGGAGUAAUGUAAAGAUGACUUUUGAAUCUUAUUUGAAAUCUAAGAGGUAUCUGUCCCUUCUGAGUUGAUUCAAAGAUGGUUCUGAUGUUUAAAUUAUCUAAUAUAACACAAGAAAAUUUGUUUCCUUUUCAUACUUAAUUUGUUGACUUCUUUCGUCCUUCUCUUUCCCUACAGCAUUGACAAAAUCUCUAAGAUUACCUCUCCAGUAUUAAUAAUUCAUGGGACUGAAGAUGAAGUCAUUGACUUUUCACAUGGCCUCGCAUUGUUUGAGCGUUGCCAAAGACCUGUGGAGCC